UGUGAGUUUUGGCGACACAAUGAUGUAAGAGUAGUAUUAACAUGAUAAUGUGUGUGUGUCAUGUGUCAUUGGCAUCAUUUGUUACAACCCUUCUGGGUGUGAACUGGACUUAUGUCCUAAAAUUGAAUUCUGUAGACUUGGGCAUUAACAUAUUUAAAGUUUGAAAAGUCUCUUAGCAUUGUAAUGAUCUGAAGGGUUCAUAUUGUCUCGUUUCAGUGACCAGAUGCAACCUUAAAGGUCCAAACAUAUUCAGAGCUGGUCAUCAUAUCUUGCAAUAAAGAACUUUUAUCAAAUCUUUUUUUCCUUAAAGGCAUGACCUCACCCCUCUAGAAAAUGUUUCAGCUAUACAGAAAUGAUUCAAUGCCCACCAGUGACAGCAGCGACACCUCCAGCUAUGGUCUGAUCAACACUGGGGAGGCCUCCAAGAACAUCCUCUACUCCACCAGCAGUCUGCCUCACACCUUGGAUGACCUGCUGGCUGGCAUGAAGGUCCCACAGAAAGAAGCCCGCCAGCCUCCACCAGCCCGCUCUAAGGGCAGCACCAGGAACAAAAGCGUCCUCAUCAAUUUGGACAUCAGCGAUGGAGAGACCAGUGUCUCGGACAGUGGAUCGGAGUCCCCUGUGUAUGUGCAGUUGCCGCCACAGCCCACCAUCCAGGAGCACACGGUCAGCACCAUCAAUGCUAAGGUCUCUUGGGCAGGCCCGCAAAACGGUGAGUUGAUUUCCUUCUAUGAACUGCAACUGCAGGAGGCUAAGCUAGAAGGCCAAGGGAAAGAUAUCCACUGGUUCUGCUCACAGACCGAAGAGAACUUGGAAAACCUGACUCCUGGCACCGUGUACGUGUUCCGUGUCAGGGCUCUCAACGUGGCAGGCACAGGGAAGUGGAGUCCACCUUACAAGUUUUGCACGAUGCAUCCAGUCCCAGGCAUGCCCCUGGAUCCAUCUCCUGUUACUGUCACUGUACGAAGGUGUCGGAAAUCCCAAAAGAAAACUAUCUUUAUUCCAUCCUCCUAAGACUAUAUGCACCAGGGCAAUAAAGGAUGACAUUUCUGAUCUGCUUCAGGAUCACUGACCUUCUCUCUCUGUAUGUUACUUGGAGUCUUAGCAACUCUGCACACAAAAAUUACCGCCUACUACAGGUAAUUUUUCUCUGUGAUGAUCUGUCCCCAACUGGUCCUUCAAAUCCUCCCAUAAUACAACUAUUACCACUAUAAGUGAGGCUAUCCAGCUUGUUGCUGGUCCUUCUCUUAGAUUAGAGUUGGGUCUUCACAUAAUAUGCCCGAAGUGGGAUAAUUUGAUAGUUUUAGAGAAUUAGCUUUAUUCCAACUUCAUUACAAAAAUGGCCCAACAAUCAGUCAUAACUGUUGCUGUGUGCUCACUGAGAUAUUUUGGAAGAGGGAAGUUAACCCCCCCCCCGACAUAUUUCUAUUAACCAGAGUGUUCCACCAACUCUGCUUGCAUCUCUUCUGUUGUCGAUGUGAAUUAUUUUUCAUGCAGGCAAGCAGUUUAUAUCAAUAGAAGAACUGAAGCAUAAAAAAGCAUAAAAGAGCUGCAGUAAGGGGUCUCUAUUGCUUUAGAGUUUGGGGGAUGAUUUUACACAGCACCAAAUACUCCUGGGACAUCAAAUUACUCCAAACAACCAUAUGGAGAUUAAGAAAAUAUGGUCAAAACGAUAGGUCUCUGGAGAAUGGACAGGUUAUAUUUUGACGAAGAAGAAUGAUGCAUUACAAGAAUGUUAAAGUUAGUUUCUGUUAUGGGAUGGAGGCUGACAGAGCAUUUUGCAGAGGGCUUAGAAAAAAAAGUUAAAAUGGUGUCUGUGGUUAUGUGAUCAAAGCCCUACCCUGUGACACCUAUAAAAAAGAGGCAGGGCUUCAAACAUAUUUUUAACUAUAUAUUAUUUAAUGAAAUAUAUUUAUUGUUGUAGUAUUGUCCUGUAUUUUGAAUUUCUGACAGUUACCUAAUAUUUACUUUCAAUUUUUAAUGGAAUAAUCUGGAGCAGAAAAUUAAGUUUUUGUAGACUACAGUCAUUUUCACUAUGACAAUUUAAACUUUCUCCACAUUAAAAUAUCUGCGACUGUAUUUUUCCAAAUCUGUGAACAAUUAUCUUGAAAUAAAUCUUUAUCAUUACUUGUCAAACAGAUUCCUACAGUAGAUAUUUGAUCUUUUUAACAGCAAGACUGAACCCCAAUUUUGGUCCAAGUAUUGCUUUUCCCACCGCAAUUAAAUUCCAUGUCAAUCACCAACUCCAUUUUGACUUUUUUAAUUCCUUGUGGAUUCUUCUACAGUUAAACCAAGUUUCCAUUGAUAGAUGUAGAUGUACAUUAUAGAUGUAGCUAGAUAGAUCCACGUGCAAUGAUAAAUUCAGGAACAGAGAAUACAUUUUGAAUCAAAGAACCAAUUUUUUUUAAAAAAUCUUUUAAUUGAUAGUCAGGUUAUCUUGAUUUUUAAAAAAUGCACAAUAACCAUGCAAUUCCCUGAAUGGUACUGCUAGCAACGGCUGUCGCUCUAGUUUAGUUUGUGCUAUGCAAUCUACUUAGAGUCUGGAAUGUGAUCCAAAGAAUGUUAGGGUUGUUUUAAUGGCUGUGGAGGGCCUCAUGAAUGGGCAAUUCACCUGCCCAGAGGUGGGAGGCACUUGAGAAAAUGCCAAGGAUGAAAGAAAAUAGCAUCACAGCUUGGAAACAUGGAGAUGCAGGGAGGGGAGAAAAGAAGCAGAAGUUGCUUACACUUUAGAGCUACUUAGCACCCAGGAGGCAUUUCCACAAUUAGUAGGCCGUGUAAUUAAAACAAGCUGCACAGAGUGCUUAAUAUUAACUAGCAAUGCCCUUCCCGUGGCCAGGCUCUUUCUGUCUAACAUAAUGCAUUUGCCUCAUUGCUGAGAAAUGGGUUCAAUUAGCAUUUGGCUAGGGAGAUGCUAACGGUGGUUCUCAUGAGAUGUCUCCAUGGGCUGGCUGGGAUAGGUCACAAAAUAAGGCAUAGCUGAGUGAAUGGAGAACAGGCCUGUAGAGCAGAGGGCCUCAACUUUUGGGGCACCAGGGACCAGAUAUGUGGAGAGAGGUUUCUCUGUGGACUGGAGGGGGCGUGAUUUUGUGUGCUGCCUGCAUCCUGCAGAACGGGGCUUUGCUCGUUUGUGCGGACUGGUUGCUGGCAUGCCAUGGCCUGGUACUGGUCCACACACCGGGGGUUGGGGACUCCUGCUGUAGAGCAUAAGGGUCUGCUACAAAGUGUGCUGACAAAAUAAUGGCAAAAUAUGGUAAGAGGAAGCCUUUCCUGACCAAUAAUGAUGAGCCAUGUUUUAGAUCUAACAUAUCCCAAUUGUGGUUGGCUACCUUAUAUAGCUCAUUAUCCAAAAUAUUAUUCUUUUUUUUCUACUUGGUACAUCUAUGGUUGUCCCAUGGGUGCCUUUUCCAAAAGAAAAUUGUACUUUCUUGGGUUUUUUUUAAAAAAAACAUUUCACUUCACAUCCAAGAAGCGAAGGAAGGAAAUUCAAUUAAAGAGGCUUCUUGGAUAAUAAAUGUUUUCAAAGGAAAAAAAAGAAAGUCCAGUUGCCUUUUGGAAAAAGCACUUCUGGUUCCACUUGGUAUGGAACCUUGUGUUUUAAGAACAGUUUUAUGUAAUAUAUUUGCAAACCUAAUCUUGCCAUAUUAACAAAGUUGCCCAAAAAAGUUCACUAACCACUCCAGGAGGAUCUCCCUGGACCCAGAGAUCAUACCUCCUGCAAAGAUUUAUUAAUAUGAUGUUGCAAUCAGUUUGUUAUAUACAAAUGAGAUCAGGUGCCCUGCUCUCUUGUUUUGUAUACCUUUUAUUUAUUGUUGAACUAUAUAAACAAUUACUUUUCCACUUGGAUGUAUCGUCUGAAUGACUAUUUCUACAUACUAAACUCUUCAGUUUUAUGCACUUGUUUUCUACAAGAAUUACAUCUGCUGCUAUGGUGAUAUCUACUUAUUAGCUGUACAUUUCAAAGUUAAUAAAUUGAUCACUGUAUUCCAUUGCUAAGGAAAUUACAAAUAGCAAAGCUCCUUUUAAGUAAUGAUGAUAAAUUUAGCUCAUUUUCUACUUUUCUUGAUCAGUUUGACUAAGGUACGGAUAUAAUUAGUGCUGAUUUGGCCUAUAAUUAUCUCUAGUUCCUCAGUAAGAAUUAAAAUUACUUUAAAACAUAAUAAAUAUUUUUAUUUUUAUUCCCUUUGGUUGGUACAUGUAUCUCAGUCAGAUGAAAACUGUUUCCUAUGCAGUACAACCAACUUCUCCCUGGCUGAAGAAACACCGGGUUUUCUUUAGCAGCCAAAUAAUUUUCAAAGAAAAUUCCCAUCAGGUGGGUGAUGCAGGCUGAAGCUAAAUAAAAUAGAUGGGAGUUUGCAUAAAGAAAAUCAAUGGCAUUUCAUAUUGGCUGGUGAAUUGCAAUCUAAUCUGAUUUAUCUAGCUUCAACAUUAAAUUUGAAGGGAACCACAGGGAUUUAAGAAAAAAUCCAAUAUAAUCCUACCUACAGUAUACAAUAGAUAAGUUCACAGUAUGUUUAAACCAGUUACCGGAUUAUUGUAGUUGCUAAUUGCUUUAGGGUUUUCUUGCAAUUUUAAAAUCUCCUCUCACAGUUACUACAUUCUAUGCUGGUCUUGUAUUAUGAUUCAUCUUGGACCAGAAAUAAAUUUUGAUUUGAUGAUGAAUUACUUUGAUUGCACAAUAACCAAAGCCAUUUUGUAAUCAAAAGGUGUGCAUUCAAAUACCAAAUCAUUCUCCAAAGAACACCCAAAUCUAAAACUCAGCUUAGUAAAGGGUAUACAAUUGUACCGUCUUAGAGUGUUAUGCAAAGUUAUUUAUUGGGAAAGUUUAUGAAGUCAUUUAAUGGAUUUUGAGGAUAGCAAAUUAUGUUUUUUUUUAAAGAUAUUGCUUUAUAGCAGGAGUGUCAAACUCCCAACGUCAGGUGACGUAUCACGAUGUAUCAUGACUUUUUUGCCAUUGCUGGCAAUGGGGUGGGUGCAGUUUUGCUAUGAUGCAUCUGGUCUGCGGGCCAGCAGUUUCCCCGCUUUAUAGCUUCAUUUGUUUGACUCACAAGUGUGCUUUGAGCAAUUGCCACCAGAUGGUGUCAGAAAACAUCAUUCUUCAAGAUCUACCUUAAGAUUUCUCUGUUUGUGUGUGUGAG